AUGUGAGGGUACAUUGACAGAGAAAUUUGGGGGCUGCCCCCCGGACGACGGGCCCUGCCUUCUUUCGGUGCCUGACCACUGCAUGGAUGACAGCCAGUGUCCUGCAAGGAUGAAAUGCUGCUACAAAACUUGCUUCCGCCAGUGUGUCCGUAAGAUCUCAGUCAAGCCCGGCAGCUGCCCCGAGGACCGUCUGCGCUGCCUCAGCCCCAUACAGCAUCUGUGCCACAAGGACUCCGACUGCAAGGGCUCGGCUCGGUGCUGUCCGGGCGCCUGCGGCCGGGACUGCCGCAGCCCUGCAUGAGGCUAAUUCUGGUUUUGGAUUGUCAAGGUGGGGUUCCUAGCAGGAAGAGCUGG